AAAGCCACAGCCCAGCCAUGUCUGCCAACGUUGCCAGCGCCGACGCCGAGGCCAAGCCCAAGCGCCCGGCCAGCAAGGGCCGCCGCAAGUACCCGCCGAAGUCGCAAAAGGCCAAGGAGGCGUCGCGCGCGAAGUACCUCGCGAAGAAGCUCGCGAGCGGCGACGAGCUCACCGAGGCGCAGCUGGCCAGCGUCGAGGAGCUCGGCGGCCGCGACGCCGUGCUCGAGCGCGAGGCGAAGCGCAAGGAGCGCGCCGCGGCGCUCGAGCAGGCGAAGGCCGACGUCAAGCGCGAUCACCCGCACCAGGCCUACGUGAGCGGGCUGCCCGCGUCCACGACGUCCGAGGGCGGCCUCGCGGCGCUGCGGGCCGAGGUGCCGGGCGUCUCGCACUUCGUCGCCGUGCGCGACCGCCAGACCGACGAGUGCCGCGGGUUUGGGUUUGCGGUGCUCGACUCGAAGGCGUCGCUCGACGCGCUCGUGGCCCUCGACGGCGCGGAGGGGCUGCUGGGCUGCGAGGAGGCGCUGAAGGUCUCUGCCGCGCGCAAGCUCAUGGACCCGACGAAAUCCCGCGGCGACGGCGACGGCGCCAAGCCGAAGCCGCGCCGGCCGCGGCCGCCGCGCAAGCCGAAGCAGGCCGCGGCCGAGGACGCCUGAGCGGGGGCAGACUUGUUGACUACUACUACCGUAAGACGAAAUGAU